CUGGUGUUGACCUAACCUGGUUACAGAUAACAGCCGCCAUGAUAGGAAAGUUUGGGAUUACAGGGGCUUAUUCUCUGUCCUACCUUUACUCCUCAGAAAUCUUCCCCACAGUUGUCAGAAACCAAGCCGUGGGGCUGUCGUCUUUCUUUGAGAAUUUAGGUGGAAUAGCUGCACCUCUGAUAGUCUAUGCAACCAGCAGCUCCCAGUCUUACAUUCCUCUAGUCGUGUUCGGAGUGAUCAUGGUCGUAGGGGGAAUCUUAGCUUGCUUUCUCCCAGAGACUCACAAGAAACCCCUCCCCGAAACCAUCGAGGACGUGGAACAUUUCACCCGAGGGGCAGCCACUCAGACUGAGGACACCUAUCUCUGACCAGGUCAAGGUCACAUACCUGAUCAGGUCAAGGUCACCUGGGUGACACAGGUCAUGGGAUUAAACAUGGAGUUCAACCACAGUUUCUUUAUGUUCUUUACAAUCAACUUUGACAUUUAUUUCAACAAAAGAACAAACCUUCAAAUGAUUGUGUCGAUCACUAUUGUGCCAAAACAUUCACCUCAACAGAUGUUUUAGUGCUACUUGUUUCGAUCUCAUUAUGUUAGACAUA